CUUUUCACAGACAUGUUGCAAUCAUGAGGAACGUCUAGAAGCAAAGAAGUAGGUCUAGGUGGUACUUUUUUUCAUAGCAUGUUGCAAUUAUAAGUGCUUAGGAAAUAGCUGCACACGCGCACGCCAGAUGUUGUCGUCCUCCCAGUGCAAGUCACAGCAGCCGCUUUAGAAGCCAUGGUGGUCGCUUGAUACGAGACAAGGCGACGUCUUCAUCGUUUACUUUCCCUACCUGAAGAAACGUCAUCGUGUACCUCUUGGAAUCACUCCAAUUCCUAGAUCAUAAAAUUGGCUUGAAGAUGGGUGCUGGCGGAUCGUCAACGAUUGAGGGUAGCGAGGCCAAGGGCUUGGGCUAUCGCAUCUUCAACCUUAGCCGCGGUUCUCCUGCCCACGCCGCUGGGUUGCAGAUAUAUUUCGACUACAUCUGCGCUGUAGUUAUCAGUCGUGUUUAUUUUAUAAUCUACUAAAUUAGUUAUAGUUAAUACUAGACAUUUUUAUAAUCUCUCCGUUCCCUUUCAUAAUCAUUCCUUAUAUAUAAGAUAACUUUUUUCCCAUUCAUCCGAACCUCGUACUUGAUUUCAAUUCAUCUGACCUGCCUGAUUCCUUGUGAUCUAUAAGUGAUAUGAGACAGGAAAUGGUGAAAUUAUAAAUAGCUGACGCUUUUCUUGCAAGUCGGAGAAACGUAACGAGCAAAGAUGCUCGCUGUAUAAGGAUGCGACUGCCGGUUAUAUAAGAGGACUAAGUACUUGAGACGCCAUGAUGAUGAUGUAGCUCUAAUGUAGACGGUGAACGGGUUGACGGGAAUCAAAGGCCCUUUUACGACAGAGUGAAGUCAAAAAUUGGACAGAGUGUGAAACUCACGGUCUUCAGCUCGAAAUCGAAAAAGCUCAGAGAAGUGUACUUUGUUUUGAUAAUCAGAAUGCAGUUCAUCUUGAUCUUGUCUGUCAUCUAGUAAGGUCUUUAGUUCUUGGUUCAACUUAUACUUAACAUCAUAGAUCAUACUGGAUCGAGCCCGUCUUUUUUUUCCGUGUAAGUACUUCUUCAUUCACUUUCGAGAAUGUCUUCAGGGCAAUACAUGAUCAACUUAUCAAUUAUAUAAUCGUAUGAUCUUACUUAUAGGUAUACUUUCGUUUCUUUCCCAACGUAGUACACUAAAUUUCACCAACGAGUGAAGAAAUGAAAGACGACACCACGUGUUCUUAGGUAUAUAAUUGUCACCGUCUUCAUCGUUUCCAAAAAUAUCAGGGUAAUAAUCCCGAGUACGUCAUGGGGUGGCAAGGGGCUUCUUGGUGCCACCAUCCGCUUCGAUACAUUCGACGCUACGGAAUUCAAAGACAUCCGAGUCACGCAUGUCUUUGCGAAUUCGCCCGCGGAAAUGGCAGGAAUCACUGCAGGAGAGGACUUUCUAUUAGGGGGCGAGGGGGUGCUAUUUCGCGAUCUCGACGACUUGAUCGAAUUCGUCGGCAAAUUCAAGGGGAAGUGCGUCUCCAUGUACUUCAAUAUAAAAAAUCAAAUACCAUAGACAUGUUUAAGUGAUUAAAAGGGCGGCGGCAUAAAGUCAUAACUCAAAAAAAAAACACGAGCCCGGAGAAAGGGUCGCCGCCGUCGCCCAUUGAAUUGAACCGACACAAAACUCUUCGUUUUUCAGCAUGCAAAAAGUCUUGUGAAGCUUGAAAAGGAUGGACUUUUAGAACCAGAACUCAUUUCUUGUUCUCUGCUCUCUCAUGCGUAGGUAUAACACAGAAAGUGAACGUGAAAUUUUACACCCGAUCCGAUUUGAUCUGGGUAUAUCAUUAUCAUUAUCAUAGUACAACACUAAGUGGAUAAUAUAUUUUGUGAUCAUUGUAGUUCGAUUUGAAAUCAUCAACUUUUGCUUGUACUUAUUGCGUCGCGCUUUUUCCUGGUUGUGCUCAUCAGGUAUGUCUAUAACGUGGAGAGUGAUGAGACGCGCGCCGUCCCGAUCGUCCCUUCGGAUGCAUGGGGAGGUAGAGGUGCUCUAGGGUGUGAGUUCGGAACCGGGCUAUUCCAUCGAAUCCCGAAUCCAGAUAGAUUGACACAGAAACGUAACGAACAAGACACCAGCGCAACUACGGAAAAAAGCGCCGCCGUGCUUAAGACCCUGCAUGAUAUUUGAAUUUCAUUGUUGUAGUAGCUCUAAUGUUCUCGCUACUGGAAUUUCAGUCUGCACAUUGUUGUACUUGUAGGUCUCGUCAUUGAAAUGAAUCACACUUAUAAUUACAUUUACAACACAUAGAUAGUGAUAGAAGUACUAGACCACUCGCCGAUGGUAGAAAAUGGCUAUUUGGGACGAAUGAUGAGGAUUCUUCAUAGCACACUAGGGUAGCAAGUCUAAGGGGGGCACAACUAUUAGUUUGUUGUUUCUAUGUCGUCAAUAAUAUGAUUGCCUUACCGACUCAUCAUCAUCAACAAGCUCCUCUAAGUUGCCGCCGAAAAGGAAGCCGAAGGGGUCCAAAAACCCGAAUCACAUCGUGGUUGCACAGGUACUUCUACUUUCUGAGCAUUUCAUUGCUGAAUUUUGUUUGUUGACGACCGGCUGCAUGAGGAACUUACACAGUGUGAACACAAGUUGGUAAAUGACGAGACAUUGCACGCAGAAGUAAGUAGAAGAUGAAUUACAUGUACAUGAAAUUCUCCACCUUGUACUAACAGGACGGAUUGUCACCUGACGAUGAGGACCACAGCCCCCUGCUACGAAAGCCCGAUGACACUGCCCAGCGCUUAUACUCAUCAGAAGAAGAGAAAAACAGCAAAGACAGUGCGGCCGCACCUUAAGGCAUUCUCAAGACAGAAGACAUCUCACAUCAGUACCUGAGCAGGACAUCAUGUUAUAUAUGUAAUAUUUUUAUCCCAUUUAUUAGAAACCUUGCUAGCCCGACCUCCUCUUCCUGUGUGUGGCCAUGAUGAAAAAUAUAUAAGCAAGUAGAGCAUUUUGAAAGUGAAAAUAUUUGAGUUUCAAUUUUUUGAUAUCCAAACAUGAUUCAUCAAAGUAAACCUCUGUGUGUCUAAGUCACGCCUGCUGCGCGAACCGCGGAGCCUGGCAAAGUCGGAGGUUUGAUUCCGCCUUGCCCGCCCCCACCUCGGAAGAAAGCUGCAACAGCAGCCUCUUCAUCUUCUAGGGUCGAGCCGACGCCGGACAUUAGCACAAGUUCGAGGGCAACGAGCAGCACGUCUGUGCCCAGCUCUUCUUCUAGCAGUAGUUCUAGCACAAACUACCCGGAGUAUGCUGCGAGUGAGGACAGAAGUUAAAGCUUGCACAAGGAAACUUUAACUUACUUCCUCAUUUCGAGAAGACGCCAUACGUCUUCUAUGUCAUAGUCAUUUCGAGAGAAAAAAAGUAUGUGUUCUCGCUGUUGUAAAUAAGUCACCUUAAUUCGUAAUUGGAGCUGGAUGUAUUUCUAUUUUUUUGUUCAUCGUUCUUAUUGUCAUUGUGGGUGUGGUGCGUAAAUAUAGCCUAAGAAGACGGAAGAAAAAGAAGAAAUUGUGGUAGAAUACGAAAGCUAAAAAGAGCAGUCCUUGUCCUGCUUCCCUCCGUUGAACUUGUUGGUGAAGAAGUGUUUAAGGUGAGAUGCUCAUCAUGAUCUAAUGUGCAGCACCUCCUGCACAACCCCAGGAUGCAACGAGGCAGGAGGGAGAGCGCAAUGGACGGGAGAAAGAGCAAAGCGGUAGCUCCCCAGGUGUCAGUGACGGAGAGUCAGUUACGGCUUAUUUUUCAUCUUCGGAUUCAGAGAAUUCUUUCUGCGUGGAAUGACGCAAACAAACUCGGCUUUUCUGAGGUUCGGCUUCUCUUCAUUUAGACAUGGCAUAACUGUGUUCCUGCCGAUCGUCAUUAUGAUAAAUUACACUCUCAUGAUUCCUAUCCACUUUGUUCAUCUUUCUCUCUUCUACAAUAGACUAGUUUCUCAGGUGGAAGUGACGCUCAUGCAAGGCAAAAUUCUUCACCACUUAAAUCCGAAUAUGUAGAAGUCCACAAUUGAAUAGCUGCGCUAAUCGAGUAACGGGCUCAUCGCCGGCGUCUGAAUCUGAUGUCACAGGGUCGUCAUCCUGCGUGACAUCGCCAUCGAACUCCAAAGGGUCUAGUCAUGCCACCAGUAACAGCAGUCCACAGUACAGCGCUCCGUCCGGAUCUCCAACAUCACCGAUCAUCCGGGAACACAAGAGAGAACACCUACUUGGAAUACCUCCACCAGAAAGGAGGGACGAUAAUAUUAUGGUGGACAAGUAGUACUCGAGUUCGUAAUAGUUAGAAGCAAAAGUACAAUCAAUAUCAAAGGGUGAAAAGGAAAACUACUUGCUCCAUGCAACCUAUUCUUGAUCAACGACAUGGAGUCAGUGUAUUUUUCUACACUCUCGUUCCAUCCUACGUACGCUACACUCAUUUUCCAGUUUAUACUUUUGAUUUGUUCAAAAAUAUAUGUCACCCUGCAUUCUCUUCGUCGUCAUGAUGGAUAUAACAAGUCUAAGAAUCAAUGUCAUGUUUUCCAUUUUUUUACCCACCUCCGAGCAAGAGCAUAAAUGUUUUCAGCGAUUUAUUAUUUUCAAGGACUUGAUGUUUCUGCUCUAAUGCCAGACUCCACAUGCGGUCGGAUUCAGAGCCAAAACGGAGUGUGUCACUGCCAGUUGAUGCGCCAGAAUCUGACGAAGAUUUCAAUCGUGAACUGGCAAAUCGAAACGGGAAAGGCAUACCCGGAAACAUAAGAAAAGAAGAGGAAAGCGCGCAGGUACUUUCAUCAUUUCGGAACCACUUGUACUUUCCGCAGGUUGAAUCGUUCAUGCUAAUCUUUGUACUAUUCUCGAGCACGCUGCAGCGCUCCUGAAGAAUUUGCCUCAAAGAAACUAACAUCCAAACCCAGGGGGCCGAAUCCGCUGGAUCGCAUGAGGAGGACAAUGCGGCCACGGAGAGCGGGCGUCGAGGCAACGCCGGCAACGGAGGUGGCUCGAAGCCCAUUGACCCAUCGUCUUCUAGCGCCGAUGAGGUCGAGUGCCUUCCAGAGCUUAAGGACGGACAAUUUCGAAGCGUGCCGCCUAGUGCUGAUACUAAAACGGGAGACCAAGAAGCAAUUGUGGAAAGUAGGAGUAGGAGCACCAGCGGGACAUCUCGCUCUGAUCAAGUUAAGAUAUCAACCGUACUAGUACUAGAUGUCAAUGCAUCCCUAUCCGAAAGAUGCCUCAGCGAUAGGAGAUGUCAAUCCAUCCCUAUCCGAAAAAUGCCUCAAUAUUAAUUCAUAUAUAUAUUAAGUUUGAUAUGAGGAUACAAGAGGGAGUGGUAUUAUAAAGAGAGGUGCCAAGAAAUAGUAGGGCACUGACUGGUGCACAACAGGAACAGAGGCAUUACUUAGAGAAGUUAUACUUGUAUUUUAAUUUUUUUUGUACCUCCUGCUAUUUAUUACAACCUACAGUAUAAAUUUCGUGAUGCUUGGAAGCUCGCACUACAACUAGGUCUGCUUGUUCUAAUCAUAAUCAACGACCUGCUGGCCCACCUACUGAAGUGAUUGUAUUGGAUGCGGGCAGCGGUAUUUUUGGUACCUUGUUUCGAUGUUUUCAUCGAGAGCCUAGAUUUAUGGGCCGUGUAGGAACUGCAUCUGCAAAGACAAAAUGCUCCCAGAUGCUCUCGUCUGAGAUGCAUUUCCUGCGCGUCUAAUGGAUGGGCUCAAGAGCAGUUCGAGCAGCAGCCGCGUAGUAACUCGAAGACGGGAACCAUAACGCCGCAACGUUCGGUAUCGUUCUCGUUUCCUCCGACUUACGACUCGCCGCCGCCAAAGCACGUCGAUUACUUUCUGAGCCAGCAGGGAACAACAGAGCAGCAACAUCAAUUAAGGCUUGCCCUAAUCCAUUUUCUGAAGCAUCCUGAGUAGGCUUCUCAAGGGUAAAAGGGGAACAGGAUGCUUCUCAGGAUGGAUUAGGUCGAGCGCUAAAUCAAGCCGUUCAACAAGCAGCUCAACGACUGGAAGCCCAAAAGGCAGAAGAACCACGUGCGGAGGUAGGAGCACCGGCAAGUGCGGAUCAGAACGCUAAUAAUCAUGUGGAUGAAAGUCGUACUAGUACCGAGAAGGAGAGCGCGGCAAAGGAGAGUCAAAACCAACUUAUGGCUCCACCUUUGUAAGCACUACAAGAAGAAGAACUAGAAGCUUUCUACUUAUUCAUGCACAUAUAACCUCCGUCUACUUUCAAACAUUCAUUAUUAGUGCAUAGUUAUGAACAUCCUUCUUAUUAUUAUAUACCUAACAUAAGCGUGCGCGUGGCCAGCCACUAUAGCUCUUUUUAAAUAUUUGGACUUCUUCCUUUUUGUGUAAUUUUGUUUCCUAGUUCCACCGGUAUAUACGAAUUUUGUUAAUCUUGAUAAUCCUUGAUAUUUAUAUAUGUUCCAGGGCGCGGGGCGACGCCCCCCCCCUAGCGGGGGGGGGGGGCGAGCGCCCUGGGCCCCUUUUUGAGGCGUCUGCCGGGGAAGGAAGGCCUCAAAAGGGGGCCAAGGGGCCACCCCCGGCCCCUUCCAGGCGCUUUGUGUACCCUGGAGGCCUCGGAAGUAGGUGGGAGACCUCAGUCAAGGGGGGACCAAGGGGCUCGCUGCCUCCUUCUCGUUUGCAUGUACCCUACAGACUUGAAGGGUUAGAGGGCUACAGACAAAAGGGGCCCACGGGACCGCCUGCGCCCCCGUCCAGGUGCCUGCCUGUGCCCUCAGUGCAUCCGUUAGGCUUCGCCGCCACAGCAGUGCACCGGCAGCGGAAGGCCUCCGAAGCCGGCAAAAGGCGAGGGGCUGGACCCCCUGAGCCGUGCCGCCUGUACCCUCCGGGCCCUUGGUCAUCGGCUCGCUUGCUCUUGCGACCGUGGCCGUUAGGAACACACUGAGAGGCCCAAGGGGAGAGUCCCUGGCCGUAUAUACAUAGAUAUUUUGUAUGUAUUAAUUUGUGCUGAAGACGCCGACGGACCAAAUGAAUCUAAAAAGUAGGAGAGCCACGACCGCAUCGAAUACGUGCAACCUAAAAUGCCGCACGUGAAGUACCAACUCGACUCUUCCGUGAACUUAAGGCUGCUGCUUAUGCAUCCUCAGCACCAUCCCACCUAGCCCUUUUUCUACCUACUUGAAAAAGAAGCCAGGGAUGCUCUCAGGGAUGCGAACGCGGUAGCUCUAAUGAACCCUUCCGAACCAGCACAAGAAUUCGUUGCAGGCAUGGUGGGAGGUGUGACGGUGCCGCCACGUGGGCGGACAGAGUUGCCGGCCGUAGACCUGUCAUAAAAAGGUGAUUCAAAUUCUUCAAUCAACAUUUUGAUUGUAUUUUAAAUCUCAUGUACACACAUUCAACAUCGUUUUCAAUAUUUGUUUGUCUGUCUCUUUGCUAGAUAGGUCUGGGUCUGCUCCACCGCAAAAUAUAGUACGCUGAACCUCAUCGUGGAAAAUUCGUCUUCUAGUUUUGGGGACAUCGAUAUCCCAGCUCAUCUUUGGCUUCACCAGGGUAAUGCUGCAGCGGUGUUGUUCGUACCAUUUCCGUCAUAUCCGACAAAUCAUUCAUUUUGCGUGUGACGAUGGCUAUACGAUCAAGUAAACAAUUCUAACAUUGGUAUCUGAUUAUAUUCAACUGCAUUCGUGUUUAUUGGUAUCUUGUACUAUAAUUCAAGAAUAUAUCUCUUGAAUAGAUGAAGUGGAUUCAUUUUAUUCUGUAUCUCCUGCCUUCAUGUUUUCGCUUGAGAACUACACCACUUGUACAUCAAUAUUGCGAGCCCAGCUGUAUUUGUCAAGAACUGGUUCCUUGGUAGAGCAACAAGUUAGUCUGUACUAAGUAAAUUAUUGUACAACUACAACAGAAAGAACAAUAUCGACGCUCUAAAAAAACGUGAGUAACAUCGUAAUUGUUCCGCGCGCAAAAUCUUAAGAAAUAUCCUGAUGAAGUUGCAGUAUCUAUGUAGUAUGGACUGUACGUAUAGAAAAUUUAUGCGUUGCUGGAAAGUUGUUCGUCAGCUUAGAGCGGCCAUCCGGAUGAUGCACUGGACUUCGAAGAAAGCAACAACAUUGUUACUCGGGAAUAAACAUUCACAUACAGAAAAUCAGUUAUCGCUAAAACGAAAUGUCGUACUUAGUCGUCUUGUUGAAUCAGAGCAGUGAUACUGGUACUGCACCGGGGGGGGCAUACUGUCUCUGUAAUUAAUAUUUUAAGCGACAUGACUUGAAUGGAAAAGAAGACUGAAAAUAAACGAAAAUACAGCGAAGUGCUCCGUUCCUCGUUAUCGUUACCGUUACCGUUUUCGUUAUCCAAUUACAGCAUCACGCGCCGUUCUUGCGGUUACUCAGUUUGAACAUCCCCCACCUUGUGUGAAGUCAACGCGGACAUUUGCGCGAGCACAG